GCUCCCUGUCGCUUAAGAAGAACUCACUGAGGCAGCCUGCCAUCUAGCUUUUUCACAGCAAAAUAGGCUUGCAGACUGCAGAUGAGAGACUCGGGAGCAGAGACAAUUUUAACUUAGCCAUCCCUAAUUUAUCUCAAGCUUUUUCAAUUCAUCUUCACUGCUCUAUGCACACUGGAACACCAGAUUGUCAACCCCUGGGAACAGAAUGCAACCAGGGAUCUAGAGAGCUGUCACAUCCUGAGAAAUAUUCAAAUUGUGCUGAUUUUCUUCUGGAGUGCUGAGCAGAGGGAAUGAAACUCUCCAUCAAGUCAUAGCUGUGCGGGCAAUAGAUCAGAGGAUACUGCCAGUUUUUCUAGUGGAUUAUUGUUAUCGGGCAGGUUCUUCCUGAAGGCUCUUUUUAGUGAAGCAGAUGUAGCUUGGAUUUCAUCGUGUGACCUUGACACUUACUGUUAAGCCCUUCAGAUAUCUGUUUGAUUUGGAAAGGUUAAAAGAUAUAAUAAGGCAACAUCUUCAAAGGAAUGAAGAGGCUUUUCCUACUGCGUUUUGGAUACACCUGACUGUUGGAUACCUAUGGCUCAGAACUCUGUCUGGAGGUGACACUACUAUACGUCGUUCUUCACAUGAGACUCAGCUUGAAAUAUUGUGAUAAAAUGAGAUGCUUGCGGAAACGAUCAGCAGUGUCAUUCUUAGGAGUCCUUGUCAUUUGCUUGCUGUUCAUGAAUUUGUACAUUGAAGAUGGUUAUGUUUUGGAAGGGGACAAGCAAUUAAUCAGAGAAACAGCCACGCACCAGCUCAACCCAGAGCGCUAUGUUCACACUUUUAAAGAUUUGUCUAAUUUCUCAGGAUCUAUAAACAUUUCCUAUCGCUACCUAGCUGGCACGCCUUUGCCAAGGAAAAGGUAUCUUACAAUUGGGCUAUCCUCUGUGAAACGGAAGAAAGGAAACUACUUGCUUGAGACCAUCAAGUCCAUAUUUGAGCAAUCAAGUUAUGAGGAACUCAAAGAAAUUGCAGUGGUAGUGCAACUGGCAGAUUUUGACUCAGCCUGGUGUGAAGGAAUGGUCCAGGAUAUUUCACAGAAAUUUGCACACCACAUAAUUGCGGGCAGAUUAAUAGUUAUUCACGUCCCUGAGGAUCAUUAUCCUGUACUGGAUGGCCUCAAGAGAAAUUACAAUGACCCAGAGGACCGUGUGAAGUUUCGAUCCAAACAAAAUGUAGAUUAUGCUUUUCUUCUUAACUUUUGUGCUAAUCUUUCUGACUAUUAUGUGAUGCUAGAAGAUGACGUUCGGUGCUCAAAGAAUUUUUUGACUGCCGUUAAGAAAGUAAUUACCUCACGAGAAGGGUCCUACUGGGUGACUUUGGAAUUCUCCAAACUGGGGUACAUUGGAAAGCUUUAUCAUUCACAUGACCUCCCACGCCUGGCCCAUUUUUUAUUGAUGUUCUACCAAGAAAUGCCUUGCGAUUGGCUGCUUAUCCACUUUCGUGGGCUGUUAGCUCAAAAGGAAGUGAUACGUUUUAAGCCAUCUCUGUUUCAGCACAUGGGAUACUACUCAUCUUACAAAGGAGCUGAAAAUAAGCUAAAGGAUGAUGAUUUUGAAGAGGAAUCAUUUGAUAUCCCUGACAACCCACCUGCAAACUUACACACCAACAUGAAUGUAUUUGAAAACUAUGAGGCGAGCAAGGCUUACAGCAGCAUUGAUGAGUACUUCUGGGGCAAAGCGCCUUCUACUGGAGACUUCUAUGGGAUUGUAUUUGAAAAGCCCAUUAAAAUCAAUAAAAUUAAAGUUGUCACUGGAACUGAAGACCGGCAAAAUGACAUUUUGCAUCAUGGCGCCCUGGAAGUAGGAGAAAAGAUUAUAGGGAGUAAAAAAGGGAGACAAUGCACCACUUACUUGAGAUUAGGGGAAUUCAAAAAUGGGAAUAUUGAAAUAACAGAUGUAGAGCACAAAGUUCUGUUUGAUAUUAACUGCAUGAGAAUACUUGUUACCAAAAGUCAAAAAGAAUGGCUGAUCAUUAGGAGCAUUAGCAUUUGGACUUCUCAAACACCAAAUCAAUAAAGUAAAGCCACCUGAGAAGAUACAGAAUGCAUACAGUCAGCUGGGUCCCAACUGGUGCCAUUCCCUAGAAAAACUGAUAUUUCCAGCUCUUCACUAGAGACACAGAAAAUCUGGGGAAAUCACAAAACAAGCAAUUUAUUUUUUACUAGCUUGGCCAGGCAAUAUACAAACACUUAUUUGUUGACAUUUUUGUAUUUUAUAGGAAAUGCAAAGUUCUCAAACCUCACUUGAGAUCUUGAACCCCUUUUUUAUUAACAUUUCUCUGUGAAAGAGAUCUUCUGGACUAAACAGGACUAAACAAAACAUCCUAUAAUUACCAAAAGAUUUAAAGCUAUGACCAGUUCGUUGUGAAAAGAAAUUGGAUUGCACUUUACCCAUAUAUAAAUUUAAAAUGUUGUGGUAGUAUGCAUUUGUACCAUAGCUGGUGAUGUGUUUCUUUUAAAGGCAGUUGUGACAAGGAAAUCUUCCCUGAAACUGGCAGUUUCAUUCUGAGCACUGUAAGAAAAUAGUGCGGCUAAUCAUUGCAACUCCUUUUCAAAUGGGAAUGUAUGUAAAAUUAUAAAUCUGACAUGACAAUUCUGUAUAAAAUAGACAAUUGCAUCUGUUAUUCUGUCUCAACAAAUACCUUUUGUUCUUUUUCCUGGGUCCUUUCACUAAAAUGCACACUACUUGGAUUCUAUACUACUUAGGGGACCAAUUUUUUGAAAAAAAUGCCUCACAGUAAGCAAGCAUUCUGCUUGAGUACAGAUGUCACUAUCAAACCCAAGCACCUCAAGGGCAACACUGUUUUCUUAGGCAGGCAUCUUAAAAAAUCUCAGCUUCAACAUUUUCUGUUCCUUCACAAUAUGCAGUACCCCCGUGAGAAAUUUGCACAUAGCCGAACACUACAGCAUACUUUCCAAGGCCUGUUAUGCCUUCCAUAUCUACAUGUACAGUCCAUGUAUGAUACAAAUGUAAAGUGUACCAGGCUAACCAAUUGGAGGUGAAAGUAAUCACCAGUCUUUCUCAGAUGAUCUCUAGUCAAUAGACCAAACACAAAAUUAAGAAUCCUGAUUCGAUGAAAAGUUAAUAUGUUGAUAAGUUUACGUUCUGGUUUGUUUUUUUUUCCUUCGGUUUUCUAAUUCUGAUCAUGUUAGUUUUGUAGACAUCUUCCCACUACCUCUGGUUAUUCCCUGUAAGCUUAUUUUGCCUGGCUUUAGCCAAUAAGCAGAAAAGUUCCCUCAGUCCUCAUGACUGCAAUAUUGGCUCUGGGCUUUUAGUGCAUCACCCAGGGAGGUUGUAUAGCUAUAUGAUUUAUACUAUUAUGCAUACAUUUGGAUGAGCAGAAUCUAGGGGAAAGGUCCUCUAAGAAAUUAUCCAGACUUUCUCAGAAGACACACUAAGAAAUCCAUGAGUAUCAAGUGUGACACAGAUGAACACUGUCUUGGCAAUCUUAUGAGUACUGUGGUUACCAACUGCAUGUAUGGGUUUUACUUAAACCUGGAAGGCAAGGGUUAAGUUUCAAGAAUGCCCACACUGACCAAGAGUGAACAAAUAACUAUACUCAGUACAUCCAAACCUAACACGGCUAUGGGUAGGAUAAAUUAUUCAAAAAUCUACACAAAACAACAAUGCAGUUACUUUUCCUGGUUCAUAAAUCACGAUAAAUUCAGGCUCAAGUUUGGAAAAUCCCCCAAUACAGAGAAAAGGUACAUUUUAAAAUAUAUCUUCUGAUGUAUACUUGGACAUAAGUCAGAAAAGCACCCUCUUGUCAAAUAGAGUUUUUGUUUCUUAAUGCACACCUAAAUCUCUCUAUUAUUUAUAUAUAUAUCUUCAGUAAAAUAGAUUAAAAGCAGCAUACAUGUUCACUCUGUAAAGGAAAACAAAGCAAUAUUUUAAAAAUUAAAAAUAUUUGCUAAUCUCAAAUGGUUAUGAAUACUUAUGAAAAACUUUUUAACAGUGAUCUUCCAGUAACUAGUUGAUAAUCAAUCAUUAGUGAACACUGAUUUUUUUCAUGAACUGUUACUCUUCUAUUUUUCCUUUCCUUGAUCAUUAACUAUUAGUACCAAAGCAAACAUAACAAGGUUGACCAGGAACGUUGCCCUUACUUUUAUUUGCAGUCCUACUCAGUCUUCUAAAUUAGAAUGGAAAAUAUACUUACCCUGAGGUUUAAAAUUUUCUUGUAAUCAAAAUGAGUGGCUAGUACAAAUUAAAUGCUCUUAACACAAACCUGAAGUGACUUACAUGAUAUUUUUGAAUUAUCAGUUGAACAAAACUGCUUUCCUUUUUGAAUCCACAGUAGUAAUGAGUCUGAUCUUUGAUAUCAUGGCUUAGCAGUGAGAAAGAACACUCAUCUGGCUGUUACUAGUCUGAGAGGGUCAAAGCCUCAAAGGAGUUCCCUCAAAGGAAGCUUUCCUUAGGUGUGGAUAGUGGUAUGUGCUGGGAAUGAGAGGCAUGCACCAGUCUUCCUGUUGAAUUUGAUUUGAUUUGGAAAAAAAUAAUUAACAAUAUGUUUAUUGCAGGAAAUGCAAGAAUGCAGUUCUGUAAGCUAGUGUUUUGAGCACUCACUUCAAUGCAUAGGUCCCAGAUCUCCUUCACAGAAUGCAUAUUUCAUCCAACUCAUUCACAUCAACAAGGUUGCCAAAAAACAAAACAACAACAAAAACAAAGCUGCAAAAAAAAGACAGAUUUCAGAAAAAUAUGUUUGAAGGUUUGUUUUCUUUCUUCAUGUGCUAAGAAAAGUGAUUUCCUUGAAAAGAGAAUUACUUAAUCAGACAUGCGUAUGUUCACUAAUACUUCUCAAAUUUUGGAUUUCCUUUUUUUUCAGUGAUAAAACAGAACAUUAUCAGCAUCACAAAGCUCCGUUCGUUGGUGUAUACUGUUGGUUCUGUUGGUGUGUAUUUCCUGGGUUCAUUUGUGGACUGAAGACUAAACAUCAAUAUUUUCACACUGAAAUGCCAAUACUGAAAAUAUCACACUGUGGUCGGCACAGUGAUGGAUCUAUUCUUCACUAACGUAUAUGUAUUGUUCCUAUUGGCACUGUUUGGGAUUCCUCAUUAUAUAAUGUCCCUGGGACAUUUUUAUUUUUCUGAACUAAAAGCCGUUUUGUCUUCUUUCUUCACAUAGUGUAAUCCCUCUGACAUACGGAAUUCUUGGGAAGAAAAUACUGCUCACUGUGAAUUAAAAGAAGAACUGAGCCCAUAGUUCAGUGCAAAAUAAACAAAUGCAGAAGACAGUAAUUUUUAGGCAAAAUGGU